GAUUGAAUCAUUGAUGAGUCGUCAGUCGGACUUGACUCGGAGUGAAACAAUUAGAAUCUACAGUUCAAACACAAACAUUAUAAAUUAUAGAUUCUAACAUAACAGUAACGGUAGACUAGGUAGAUCUAGAUCUAGUAAUAGAUAAUAGAAUCAGAACAACACUCUACAACUAGAGGUACACAGCUGUACUCAUUCACUUAGAUGUCUCUGAAACCUAGACGUGUGGAUUUUGAUGCAACAUGGAAGUUGUUGAAAGAAACACUUGAGGGAGUUAUCACGUGUGGAUCUGUUCAGAGAGUCACUUGGAAUGAUCGGUUCUCAGAUGUGUAUAAGCUGUGUACAGCCCUUCCAGAGCCACAUGGUGACAGUUUAUAUCAAAGUACUAAAGAAUUCCUUGAAGAACAUGUUCGAUGUUUGCACCAGGAAAUCAUUUCUGCUGGUGAAGAGCACAUGCUUGAAAUGUAUCACAAACAUUGGGAACGUUUUAACACAGGUGCUGGAUAUUUGAACCAGUUAUACGGCUACCUCAACAAUACUUACAUUAAGAAGCAGAAAUAUUCGGAUGCAGAUAUGAACUAUGGUGUAUUCCCAGUGGAUGCUGAUUGUUUGCUUGAGAUUGGCGAGCUUGCUAAAGACAUCUGGAAAAAUGUGAUGAUAGAUCCUGUCAAACAUAAACUGGUGGUGCUCCUCUUACAAGAGAUUGCCAAGGACAGAACUGGUUAUGAUGUCAAUCAGACAGUAGUUCACAGUGUUGUGACAUCAUUUGUAGAUGUGGCUGAAUAUAAGAAAAAAUCUCCUUUAGAGUUAUAUCAAGAAAUAUUUGAAAAUCAGUUUCUGAAGGAGACUGGAGAAUUUUAUCGUCACGAAGCUGCCAGACUGAAGGCAGAUUGUACAUGUUCAGAAUAUUUAGAAAAGGUUAUUCAAAGGCUAGAUAAUGAAAAUUUUCGGAGUAGGAAAUUUCUUCAUAGCACUUCUUAUGCAAAAGUAACGCAUGAGGUACAGACACGAAUGGUUGCAGACAUCAUAGAUUUUCUGCAUGGAGAAUGUAAGGACAUGGUGGAGCAGGAGAAAAGAAAAGAUUUAACCAACUUGUACAUACUGUUAAAGCCAAUUCAUAAAGGUCUGGAAGUUUUGGUGAAGGAAGUAGAAAGUCAUAUCAAACAACAAGGGAUCCAGUCAGUUGUUAGUCUUAAGAAUGACCCCACAUUUGUGGAAGCAAUGUUAAAAGUCUACCAUAAAUUCAAAGAAUUGAUUGCUGAUGUCUUUAAUAAUGAUCAGGCUUUCACUGGAGCUUUAGAUAAAGCUUGUUCUGCUGUAAUAAAUCAUAAACCUCAGAAUUCAAGGCAACCUAACAGAUCUCCAGAACUGCUGGCCAAAUAUUGCGACAGUUUGCUCAAGAAAAGUACCAAGGGUGUUGGGGAUGUGGAGCUGGAUGAGAAGUUGUCUGGUAGCAUCAUUAUAUUUAAAUACCUGGAUGAUAAAGAUGUCUUUCAAAGAUUUUAUUCACGCAUGCUGGCCAAACGUCUAAUUUACAGUCAGUCUGCUAGCAUGGAUGCUGAAGAAAGUAUGAUCACCAGACUCAAGCAAGCUUGUGGCUAUGAGUUCACUAACAAGUUACACAGAAUGUUCACAGAUGUUAGUGUUAGUAGUGAUCAUGUGGUCAACUUUUAUGCUUUCUUGAAUGAACGAAAUGCAGCAUUAGGAGUCAACUUCAACAUCUUAGUAUUUCAGGCAGGAGCCUGGCCAAUUACACAGCAAAAUAAUAUUUCUUUUCACAUACCACAACAGCUAGAAAAAAGUGUUCGAUUGUUUGAAGAGUUUUACAAUAAAAAAUUUAAUGGAAGGAAGUUGACAUGGAUGCAGGCAUUGAGUAAUGUUGAGCUAAAGCUGUGUUAUUUAAAAAAAUCCUACAUUGUGACCAUGAGCACAUUCCAGAUGGCAACAUUACUUCCUUUUGAAACGAGUGAUUCCCUGCAUUUCUCUGACAUCAGGACAAGUACAGACUUGCCAGAGAAGGAGCUGGUCAAACAGCUGCAAACACUUGUAGAUACCAAGAUAUUGUUGACACAUGAAAACUUAGUCACAGAGAAUUCAACAUUAGCCUUAAACUUAACCUACAGUAACAAAAGAACCAAAUUUAAGAUAAUGGCAGCUAUUCAAAAAGAAAAUCCUCAGGAAGUAGAAAGUACCCACUCAGCUGUAGAUGAAGACAGAAAGUUGUACUUGCAAGCAGCCAUUGUAAGGAUCAUGAAGGCCAGGAAAACAAUCAAACAUAAUAACUUAAUCCAGGAGGUGAUAAGUCAAGCCCGCAGUCGAUUUAGUCCCAGCAUUAGCAUGAUUAAAAAAAGUAUUGAGACAUUGAUAGAAAAAGCAUAUUUAGAGCGUGUGUCUGGCACAACAGAUGAAUAUAGUUAUAUUGCAUAGUUAUUGGAUGGCAGUAUUAGACUGCAGUGUAUGUACUAUUACAAACAUUGAAUCUGAUGUUGCAUGGAAUUAUUCAGUUCAGAAUUGUAUACACAAUUUGUGAUGAAAAUAAUUUUUUUUAAUGCAAAAUUUGAGUAAAAUAUUUUAAAAAAACA